UCCAAUCGUAGUCAAGCUUGAAAAGGCACCAAUUUGAAACGUGCGUCCCUGUUUGUUUGGAUUUUCGUGCACAUAAAGAAACAGAAUUACCUCAAUAUCGAAGAAAUUGCUCGAAAGUGGUUGAGUGGGGACAAACAUCUCUAACUGAAACCGGUUAAACGUUCUCUGGAAAAACGUUCGACCUUUUUACAUCGGUCUAGUAGGUGCGGUCAGAUCACACUUCGAUGUUAAUCAUCAGCCAUUGAUUAACUAGCCCACCUUUUGGCCAGAAAGGAAACAUGCCUUCUCGUGUUGAGGAUUAUGAGGUGUUGUACACAAUAGGAUCCGGAUCGUACGGAAAAUGUCAGAAAAUUCGGAGGAAAUCUGAUGGAAAGCUUCUUGUGUGGAAGGAGCUGGACUACGGCACCAUGGCGGAGGCGGAGAAGCAGAUGCUGGUGUCGGAGGUGAACCUCCUGCGCGAGCUGCGGCACCCCAACAUCGUCCGCUACCACGACCGCAUCAUCGACCGCGGCAUCUCCACGCUCUACAUAGUCAUGGAGUACUGCGAGGGGGGAGACCUCGCCAGCCUCAUCAGCAAGUGCAUCAAGGACAGGAAGUACCUGGAGGAGGAGUUUGUGCUGCGGGUGCUGGCGCAGCUCUCGCUAGCCCUGAGGGAGUGCCACCGGCGCAGCGAGGGCGGCCGCACCGUAGUGCACCGCGACCUCAAGCCCGCCAACAUCUUCCUGGACGCCCGGCAGAACGUCAAGCUGGGCGACUUUGGCCUGGCGCGCAUCCUCCACCACGACACCAGCUUCGCACGCACCUUUGUGGGCACGCCGUACUACAUGUCGCCGGAGCAAAUGAACCGCAUGUCCUACAACGAGAAGUCUGACAUCUGGUCACUGGGGUGCCUCGUGUACGAGCUCUGCGCACUUUCGCCUCCUUUUAUGGCAUACAAUCAGAAAGACCUGGCAGAGAAGAUUCGAGAGGGCAAGUUCAGGCGGAUCCCCUAUCGCUACUCAGAGGAGCUCAACACGCUGCUGUCCAGGAUGCUCAAUUUGAAGGACUACCUGCGCCCGUCUGUGGAGUCCAUCCUGCAGAGCGCUCUGAUCUCGGAGGUGGUUGCCGAGGAGCAGGGGAAGGCUCAGCAGGCCCAGCUGGCUCGGAACCGGCGCCGCUCCACAGUAGACCAGCCGCAGCCGGCCGACCCGGACAGGCCCAGGACCCCCGCCGCCACCAGCACCACCACCAGCACCACGGCUCCACCAGAGUCCAGUGGAGCCAGCGCGGCCGUGGGAGGAGGAGGAGGAGGAGGAGGAGCGAUGCCGGCGGGGGUGGCGAUGACCUCCGAGCUGCGGCUGAAGGAGCAGGUGCUGCGAGAGAGGGAGGCUGCCAUCAAGCACCGCGAGGAGAGGCUGGAGAGGAGAGAGCAAGAGCUGUGCGUUCGUGAACGACUCUGCAAUGAGAAAAUGGCCAGGGCAGAGAGUCUGCUGCGGAUCCAUGCCCUGCAGAAACAGCAGAGGGCGCCGUCUCCCUUCUCUCGAUCUCCAGACGGUGAUGGAGAGAACGUCUCUCCUGGCAAAAAGAAGGUCCACUUUGCCGGCGGCGAGAGCAAGGAGAACGUGGCUCCGACAGUAAAGGCCGCGAGGGGGGAGAAGCCAGCGGAGGGCCUGGCCCUCAGGAGGCGGCUGCAGGCGGCCCACGUACGAGCCCAGGCCCUGGGGGAGGCAGAGCGCACCCUCCAGCUCAAGAGUCGGCAGAUCCUGGGCAUCCGAUAGGCUAGCUAGCCGGGCGCCAAGCCUGGCAGGGCCGCGCCGCGCCGGGCCGGGAGAGGAGGGAGUUCUUUCUAAUAUGCGGACAGACUGACUGACUCCCGUCCUCCCUUGCUCACUUGCCUCCUUGCGGCCUCAUGAUCGAUGUCGUCACUGACAACAGAAUUGUAUAUCAAUAUCUCUCAAAAAGCUCAAUUCUAAUGUCAUUUUCUCAUUGGCAAUCGGGGUGGUGGAUGAAGACUAGUCCCCCAAAAGUUGUUGUGGCUAGGCUGACUAGGAAACUUGUUUGUUUUCUCCACAGAGGCAGGCAGCAAAACACAAGGCCGCAAGCAUUAGGCCGAGGACGGGAGGGUGCAUUUUGGAAUGCACCCAGGGUGUUAGUGUGGCUUUGGAUGUUCCAACUCAAAACAAUUACCUCCCGUCCUUUUAUUUGGCUUGCGGGCCUCUUGCCUCCAUGAUGAAGUUUCCCCCGCUGUUAAGCUUAGGCAGAGCAUCUUUUGGGGGACUUUUCCCCGUUUAACUCCCCGAUUGCAAAUGGAAAUAAAUGACCUUUUGAAUUGUGCUUUUGCAUAUAUUGAAGUAAGUUUUGACUUCAUCAAUGACCUCUUUCCUCACAUCACAAGGCCACAAGCAAUAGGUGAAGACUGGAGGUGCUAUGGAGAUUGAAAUGGAGCCUUGGUCUAGCGCAGUCCGAUACGUUAACUUGUUUAUAACAUGGCACACUAUGUUUUAUGAACGAAACCAGAUUUAACAAGACUUGCUAGUGACCGUUUUUUGGACACCACCCCCCGAAACCCACAAACGGGGGCAACACCCUAAAGACCCUCUCACUGUGGGCUUUCUUCUGGAGGGUGUGGAUGCGAUGAGACCGAAUUGAGUGGUGUUGAAAUGGAUGCGCGGUGAUCACCAUUAACGCGUCCCAAUGGCUAUUUCUUGAUCAUAAGCGUUUCUCACCCACCCGCCUCAACACACACACACACAGUCUCUCCAGAACACAUGGCUAAUCUUGAGAAGAUUACCAUACGGCCACACAUCGGAGAGGUCGUUGGCAAAGGAAAUUGGAGGUGUGAGGGUGCAAGGACUCUGUUGGUUGAUAAUUUGUUGAAAAUUUGAAAGUGUGUGUGUAUUAUGUUGAAGGGAUUUAAGCCGUCCCGUGCCCUCAAAAGACUGAAUGUACCUCUAAAUUAUUACUGCUGUAACACAUUUCUUUGUAGCUUAUGCUACGUUGUUAAUAGUCUAAACACUGAUCUCACUUUUGUGUUCUGCCUUAGUAGGUAUCUAAUUUCUGUUAAUGUAUCAUAUUUCCUUGUUCUCUGUCAAAUGGAAAAGUGGCGAAUGACACAUCAAGUUGUGUGCGGUGUAUUUAUUGGUUGAGAGUUUUUUCAAGUGUGUUUAUGCUCAUGUGCGAGUGGUUGCAGCAUGGGGCAUUUUUAAGCUGCUUGUGUGUAUCUGUGUUAAUAAAUGCCAAAUCCUUACUCCUGACAUUUUAAAGUUUUGUGAAAAGUGGAACACUCAAGUGCAUCUGGAGAGGGAAAUUCUAGGCUACUGCUCUCCACGUCGCUGAUGUGUGUUUGUGUUACUUUUUGCUGUCUUUGACUUUCACUUCCACCCAUUUCACAUUGCCAUCAUGUGAGUGAUAAUUUCACUUCUGGGAUGUUUCGCAAGCAAGGGCGACCUAUCUAGCCCCUAGACUGAUUGAAGAACUCUUUGCAGGACAAAAUUGUUGUUGUUUUUCUGGUUCUUAAUAAAAGGCAGCUAAAGAUUUUCA